AUAAAUUACAGUAUGCUGUCCAUGUAUUGUGUCAUCCAGUGCUUUCACAUGUUAUUAUAAUACAGAAACGGUGAGGGGUGAGCAGUGGUACUGUGUCUGACCGUCAUCUAGAUUGGCUAUCAGGAUCCACACAGACAUAAUCUAGAAACACUGAGCAAGUUGUCCUGAAUACCAUGGUGAUGUGCGUACAAGAUACAGGACUGUUAAGAGCGAGACAAGUCAACUGAUAGUAUAGUAUGUGACCCUACUCUGUACAGAACAUACUACGCAUAAGUACAUGCUUGUAGAUCCAGGUUAAAUGCAUCGGAUUUAUUCGUAGUCAAAUCCUUCACAGAUUGGCACAUCUCAAGCCUGCAUUUAUACAUACAGUACAAUGAACUAAAUGGCAAUAGAGAUAAGACAGAAUGAUACUGGAUACAUUUUAAAAUGGUGACUUUUAUAUCCGGCAAGCUAAAGUGGAACAAUUGUGCAUCAUAUCCGUCCAACCGAUACACACAGAAACGUCCCAUUGUUGACAGUGGACACACACACAGUAAAACCCACAUAUCUCAUUUCACUCUGCUCCAGGAACAGAGUACAGACAAUAUCCUAGGCACAAGGUGGACACACACACAGUAAAACCCACAUAUCUCAUUUCACUCUGCUCCAGGAACAGAGUACAGACAAUAUCCUAGGCACAAGGUGGACACAGUAAGGAAGAGAGUGGAACUUUCCAAGUUCCUCACCAAACCAGGUGAAAUUCAGACAUGGACAUGGAGUACUUGCCAUCCUACGAGAUGUCCUGGGGUACCUUGGGUACUGUAAGGCCCUUCCUUAACUUCCAUGCUAAGAGAGAUGCUCUGAGCAUUCAGGCUGCGCUGGAACAGAAAGAUGCACCUACUCUGAUAAAAAUCCUGACCAACCGCAGCAAUACUCAAAGACAAAUCAUCGCUCAGAUCUUCAAAACCAUCACUGAGAAGGAGCUGUCCUCUGGGCUGAAGAAGGCCCUGUCUGGGGAGUUGGAGAAUUUGCUGUUGGCCUUGCUGAUGACCCCACUGCAGUUUGAGGCCUAUCGUCUGAGACAAGCCAUGGAGGGCAUUGGCACAGAUGAGGAGGGUUUGCUAGAGAUUCUGUGCACCAGGUCACCCAAGGCGCUUGCCAACAUCACCUCCACCUACAAGGAGCAGUAUAAUAAGGAUCUGGAGACGGACCUGAAGGGGGAGACCAGUGGGGACUUUGCCAAACUCGUCCUGGCCUUACUCAAGAAGAAAAGGGUAGUAGGAAUGGUGCAAAGAGACACAGAGGCUCUCGCUGAAGCUAUCAAUCAGGCGAAGGCUGAUCCUGGACCAUGGAUCACCAUUCUGACUACCAGAGACUCUGAACAUCUUAACAAAGUGUUCGUCAAUUUGGAGAGUGAGAAGCAAGAGACAGUGGAUAAAGCAAUAGAGAAAGCAUUCAGUGGAGAUGUGAGACUUGGGCUGAAAACAUUGGUGCGUUGCAUACAGAGCCCAAACCUCUACCUGGCUCAGAGACUGGAGACCAUGAAGGCAGCCAUAGUCCAGGGGGUGAUGGUGUCCCACAGUGAGGAGGAUCUGCUGUGUGUGAGAGUGGCUUAUCUCAGACAGACGGGCACCUCACUCUAUACAGCCCUACAGAAACAAUUCAAAGGUGAUCACCUACAAGCACUGCUGGCUAUCUGUCGAUCUGAAGACUAAAGGAAUGAGUUUUGUGUACAAUUUCACAUUAGCUCAACCUACACAUUACUAUUCACAUUUGAGUAUUUACAGUAGACAGAUGUAGGAUCUUAAUUUGAGCCAGUUUGCUACAGCAGGAAAACAAUCCUGCAUCAACUGGAUAUGUGAAAUGUUAUGUGGAUUAUAAUUAAUACCAAAUAUUGUAGCGGUUGAUACAUUUUCGUAAGGAAAAUCAAGUCUGAAAUCAAGUGAAAAUUACAAACUUCAGAAGUCUUUUUAAACAUUACAUUCCCUGCAUUGCAGGAAAGUUCUCCUUCAACACGGGGAUCAAAUAAAGAUCCUACAUCUGUAUUGCUCUAUGUCUCAUUCCUGCACGGUAAUGCAAGAAAAUCAAACUUUGUCCUAUUGCUAAUGCUCAUAAUGUCUAAUGUUACAGUAAAGUCACACCUUCAAGUGUACUUUAAUUUGAAGUGUACUUCCAUACAUACUUUUAUGAAAAUAAAAAUUGGAUUACAAUGAA